CGAGAGAGCGAGGAAAGCUUAACAGACAAACAAUGAGCGACAGACACCGGGGGAGAAGAGGACAGACAGACAGAGAGAAUAAACGGGUGGACAGACUGAGUGAGUUGAGGAUUUUCAGAGCCAGUGAGCUGGAAAAGAGAAGUGGACAACCACUGUGCCCCUGAAAAGAGUGAGUGAAGAAGGUAGGAAGGAGGGCUGUGAAGACAGAAGGAGAGAGACAGGUGAGAUGGAGGGUCUGCAAAAGGCUGAGGGACCGAAAUAUCUCAUGGACCGUGAACAGUUUUGUAACUGUAGUGAGAUUUGAGGAGACCAUAAAGCAUGUACCUGAGGUACAGAGUAGUGUAUGUUUUGUAACUGUAGUGAGAUUUGAGACCAUAAAGCAUGUACCUGAGGUACAGAGUAGUGUAUGUUUUGUAACUGUAGUGAGAUUUGAGACCAUAAAGCAUGUACCUGAGGUACAGAGUAGUGUAUGUUUUGUAACUGUAGUGAGAUUUGAGACCAUAAAGCAUGUACCUGAGGUACAGAGUAGUGUAUGUUUUGUAACUGUAGUGAGAUUUGAGACCAUAAAGCAUGUACCUGAGGUACAGAGUAGUGUAUGUUUUGGUUUGACCACAUACAGUUCUAGAAAAUUUAGAUAUAAUUCUGUGAAAGAGGUGGAAUAUUUUGAACUUAAUAGUUUUAGAAGGACGGAAGAAUUGACGUAUGAGGAGGACGAGAGACAGUGAUUACAAAGCAAAAAGUCACUUGGAGGAAAAUAUUGAGACAAUCUUUUUUUACACAUUAACACAAUCCUCCAUCUACUGUAAUAUUGCAGACACUGCAUUGGACAGAAGGAGAGAGAGAGAAAGAAGGAGAGGGAGAGAAGGGACGCACCAAAAAAGGGCUGGAGUUAGAGUCGGAGUAACUGCAUGCUUAACAGACACUGUAGAGCCACGGGGAGAGAAGAAUAAGGGGGCGGAGAGACAGAGAGACAGAGAGACAGAGAGACAGAGAGACAGACAGACAGACAGACAGACAGACAGACAUAGAGACAGACAGACAGAGAGACUGACAGACAGACAGAUAGACUGACAGACAGACAGACAGACAGACAGACAGACAGACAGACAGACAGACAGACAGACAGACAGAUAGACAGACAGACAGACAGAGAGACUGACAGACAGACAGACAGACAGACGAACAUUUCAGCUGGUGUAAGCCCCCAGCAGUCACACACAACCACACCCCCACACACACACAAACACAAAUACACACACUGUACAGAGUGAAGGACUGACAGAUGACAGGGGAGUUGCAAGGGGCACAGAGCAAAGAUAGACGGAUCGAGAAAGAGAGAGAGAGAGAGGGAGGGCGAAAGAGAGAGAGAGUGACAGAGACAGGGAGGAAGAGAGAGAGCGGGGAGGCACUGUAAACUACAGGAAGCCCCGGUGUGAAACAAACAAGGGACAGUGGCUAGAAGAGCUCCACUCCAGAACCAGCCACCAGCCUCCAGUCUCCAUGGACUCCAGGGAGUCGCAGCACCACUGAACCGAGGCCCUCCUCUGCUGGACAGCAUGUCGGCGGGCCCGGGACCUCAUGACUCAGAUCUACUGCUGUUGGAACUCCAGGCCCCAGGACCGGUUGGACUGCAGACACUGUUGGACCUGCUAGUGGGGGUGUACCAAGAGUUCCACUCGUCACCCCUUGCCAGGGAGAAGUACGUCUCGAGCUUCCUACAAUGGGCGGAGCCCCUGGUGAGGCAGGUGAAGAAGACACGCAUCAAGAGGGAUGACUUCCACAUCUUGAAGGUGAUUGGUCGAGGGACCUUCAGUGAGGUGGCUGUGGCGAGGAUGCGUAGCACACAGCAAGUGUAUGCGCUGAAGAUUAUGAAUAAGUGGGACAUGCUGAAGCGAGGAGAGACAGCUUGUUACCAGGAGGAGAGAGAGGUUCUGCUGAAGGGUGAUCGAAGGUGGAUCACAGAGCUGCACUAUGCCUUCCAGGACGACAAUUACCUGUACCUGGUGAUGGACUACUACGUGGGUGGUGACCUGUUGACCCUGCUCAGUAAGUUUGGGGACCGUAUCCCUGAGGACAUGGCCCAGUUCUACUUGGCUGAGAUGGUCAUGGCGAUCGACUCCAUCCACAGGAUGGGCUAUGUGCACAGGGACAUCAAACCUGACAACAUCAUGCUGACAGUGGAGGGCCACGUCAGGCUGGGGGACUUUGGUUCCUGUCUGAGGGUCCAGGAGGAUGGCAUGGUGCACUCUUCCCUGGCGGUGGGCACACCCGACUACCUGUCCCCAGAGAUCCUGCGUGCGGUGGAGGGAGGGGGAGGCUAUGGCCCUGAGUGUGACUGGUGGGCCCUGGGCGUCUGUGCCUACGAGAUGCUGCAGGGGACCACACCCUUCUACGCAGACUCCAUCUCUGAGACCUACGCCAAGAUCAUGAACUUCCAGGAGCACUUUGAGUUCCCCCCGUCUGGCCCCGAGGUUUCAGAUGAGGCCCGUUCCCUCAUCAUGGGGCUAAUCUGCGAGAGGGAGGAUCGUAUGGGGACCAGGGGUUCUGGGGACUUCAGGGCCCACCCCUUCUUCUGUGGACUAGACUGGGGCUCCCUGCAUGAACUUCCAGCACCCUUCCAACCUGAAGUCUCCAACGCCACUGACACCUCCAACUUUGACGUGUUGGAUGACUGCCUCAGUGAAAUGGAAACACUGAGUGAUGUUAUGGACAAGGCCCCUAUCGGAGUUCACCUGGCUUUCGUUGGCUACUCCUACACAGCUACAAGACAGACAGGUGCCUUGGAUCGCAGUCGUGACAUCAUGAUGGAGAUUGACCACCAGCAACACCUUGGGUUGCCAAGCUUCAAUUUCCAGGAUAAGCUCAGUCAGAUGUGGCAGCUCAGAGAUGUCCUGACCACGCCUGACAACCUGCCUGCCCUGCUUGAGCUCCCCCUAGCCUUGGAGCAGGGUACUGCAGUGUCGGCUCACACCACAACAGAGGAGGAAGAGGAGGAGAACGACCAGAAUUCAGUACUUGAUGAGGAUCUGCACAGGCGGCUGCAAGAGGCAGAGAAGAGGAAUGGAGAGCUGGAGAAAGAGAUGGAGAGACUGAGGGGGGAGAUCCAGGACCUGAAGUCCCCCAAGGAGACAGAACUGCGUGUCUGCCCGUCGUCUCUUUCUCUGCCUGCACACUGUCUGGACGAUGCGGGUGCGGCAAGCUGUGCUGUGCUGUGCUGUGACUCGCAAAAAAAAGACUGCAUCUGUACCCUGGCCUGCAAUCCUGUUCAGUUCGUGACUGUGAGUGUGUUUCAGGGGAAGAAAUCGCUCCCUGCCUGUCACUACCCGCUGGUGAUCCAUCUCCACCGCCACCUGCUGCUGUUUCACAGGAUGCGCUGGCCACAGGAGAGAAGUGAGUCCUACUUGUUGGUGUGUGCGGAGGGGGGAGAUCUCCAAGCCUGGGACAGACACUGCUGUACUGAGAUCUCCUGAACCCCCCGCCCCCACUCUUGGGUUAGCUACCUCCUCCUCUUGGGAUCGAGGGGCGACCCAGAUGUGUCACCCCCUAUGCUACAGCUGCUCCCUUCCCCCAAACACCCCCUCGGCUAACAGGACAGGAGCACCACAUGGCUGGAGGGAUGAAGGGUGGGAAUGAAACGGGCUUAACGUGAAGUGGACAGAACACACUGGAGUGGCAGCAGCAUGAUGCUGCUCUGCAUCCACCACAGAGUCCUAUUACAGUACCUCUGAAGGAGAGAGUUUUGAGCCAGUAUGGUGGACGGGUGUUAAAGCGAAUGCUAUACUCAUUGCACUUGUCCCAUAUAUAGAAUUAAGAGUGAGCAGAGUGCUGGGCAUGAAUGGGGUAACGGGGAACAUGGAGCAGUGGGAUAACCAUAGGAAAGCUAAGGACUGUCACUAGCUUAAAAUGAAUGGGGAGGUAUAGAAAAUGUAAAUGAAGGACAUCUCCUCCUGGACUACUAAUGGAUGCCUGUUGCUUUCCGAUUGUCGCUAUGUGGGCACUUAUAUCUCUGAGCGGACUGAGGUAAAAGCAAGCUCUGACAACAAAAAGACACCACAGCAAAGAGACAUUGCUGGUUUAAGUGACAGCCAGAGGGGACAAUCAGUCCACUCCAUAAGCACACACUCUCCAGCACACCUGGACAUUAUUGGUGCAUUUUGCCCAAUAUUAACGGCGUACAAAUGUUCAGUCAUUAAUUUUUAACAGCAUAAUCUAGUGGUUUACUUUGUAUCUAUACAUGUAAGAGUGGAUUGUGUUGAAUGUGAGAGGUAUUCGUUGCACUACAGGCUUUAAUGAAAGCAUGCUUUUAGAUGGGCCUGUUUGGAAUACAUAGAUAACAUCUACAGAACAAUACCAAGCAAAUGUUGACUGAAGGCUAAGGACAGAGAGAUCGGAGGUUGGUGUGUUUUACGAUUUCUGGGAUUGCAAGGUUACACUUUAAGGUUACACUUAGCUCAGGUCCAGGGCUUGCUGAUGCUGAGCCUUCCUACAUCAAGGCUGUGUAGGUUGUAGGAAGGCUCUGCGUCAGCAAGCUGCACGUAAAGCCUUGGACCAGUGCUAGGAUAGAUGAUGUACAGUUGAAGUCAGAAGUUUACAUACACCUUAGCCAAAUACAUUUAAACUCAGUUUUUCACAAUUCCUGACAUUUAAUCCUAGUAAAGAUUCACUGUCAUAGGUCAGUUAGGAUCACCACUUUAUUUUAAGAAUGUGAAAUGUCAGAAUAAUAGUAGUGAGUGAUUUAUUUCAGCUUUUAUUUCUUUCAUCACAUUCCCAGUGGGUCAGAAGUUUACAUACACUCAAUUAGUAUUUGGUAGUGUUGCCUUUUUAACUUGGGUCAAACGUUUCGGGUAGCCUUCCACAAGCUUCCCACAAUAAGUUGAGUGAAUUUUGGGCCAUUCCUCCUGACAGAGCUGGUGUAACUGAGUCAGGUUUGUAGGCCUCCUUGCUCACACAGGCUUUUUCAGUUCUGCCCACAAAUUUUCUAUAGGAUUGAGGUCAGGGCUUUGUGAUGGCCACUCCAAUACCUUGACUUUGUUGUCCUUAAGCCAUUUUGCCACAACUUUGGAAGUAUGCUUGGGGUCAUUGUCCAUUUGGAAGACCCAUUUGCAACCAAGCUUUAACUUCCUGACUGAUGUCUUGAGAUGUUGCUUCAAUGUAUCCACAUCAUUUUCCUACCACAUGAUGCCAACUAUUUUGUGAAGUGCACCACUCCCUCCUGCAGAAAAACACCCCCACAACAUGAUGCUGCCACCCCGUGCUUCACGGUUGGGAUGGUGUUCUUUGGCUUGCAAGCCUCCCUCUUUAUCCUCCAAACAUAACGAUGGUCAUUAGUUCUAUUUUUGUUUCAUCAGACCAGAGGGCAUUUCCCCAAAAAGUACAAUCUUUCUCCCCAUGUGCAGUUGCAAACCGUAGUCUGGCUUUUUUUUUUGUGGUUUUGGAGCAGUGGCUUCUUCAUUGCUGAGCUGCCUUUCAGGUUAUGUUGAUAUAGGACUCAUUUUACUGUAGAUAUAGAUACUUUUGUACCUGUUUCCUCCAACAUCUUCACAAGGUCCUUUGCUGUUGUUCUGGGAUUGAUUUGCACUUUUCGCACCAAAGUACGUUCAUCUCUAGGAGAGAGAACGCGUCUCCUUCCUGAGCGGUAUGACGGCUGCAUGGUCCCAUGGUGUUUAUACUUGCGUACUAUUGAUUGUACAGAUGAACGUAGUCCCUUAAAGUGUUUGAAAAUUGCUCCCAAGGAUGAACCAGACUUCUGGAGGUCUACAAUUUUUUUUCUGAGGUCUUGGCUGAUUUUCUUUUGAUUUUCUCAAGAUGUCAAGCAAAGAGAAACUGAGUUUGAAGGUAGGACUUGAAAUACAUCCACAGGUACACCUCCAAUUGACUCAAAUGAUGUCAAUUAGCCUAUCAAAAGCUUCUAAAGCCAUGACAUCAUUUUCUGUAUUUUUCCAAGCUGUUUAAAGGCACAGUCAAUUUAGUGUAUGUAAACUUCUGACCCAGUGGAAUUGUGAUACAGUGAAUUAUAAGUGAAAUAAUCUGUCUGUAAACAAUUGUUGGAAAAAUUACCUGUGUCAUGCACAAAGUAGAUGUCCUAACCGACUUGCCAAAACUAUAGUUUGUUAACAAGAAAUAUGUGGAGUGUUUGAAAAACUAGUUUUAAUUACUCUAACCUAAGUGUAUGUAAACUUCCGACUUCAACUGUAUACUUAGAAUACAUGAUCGGAGGCAAUGGGGCACAAGGAAGGCAAUGGUAUGAAGGAAAGUUUGCUAUUCUGGUUAGAGUACAGUAUAGCCAAUUAAUAAUCUCACGAAUAUUGGUUUAAAGCCACAAAAUGUAUACUGUGGUAGCUCUAGAUCAUACUGCCAAAAUGCUAUGCACCUUGCAGUUAGGGAAAGCCAUGUUAAAUCAUAUAGGCCUAAUAUGUUCCUUUGGACAGUGAAGCAUGAGUGAGAAUAAUACCGGAUUUUGGUGAGAGAAUUGCUGUAUGCUACAAAAUAUUCACCAUGGCUUACAAGGCCUUUUAUAUGUGAGCGAUAUUUGAGAUGUGCAUGAGGCAUUACACGACUGUUCAAUCACUGGGCACUAAGGGUCUUUUUUUUCUUUUUCUUACUUAAUUUGCUUUAAAAGAAGUGGUAUUAUAUUUGAUUACUGAGAUGCCUUAAAGUUUGUCUGCACAUAUUUAAUCAUAUUUUGGAAACCAUAUUGAUUAUACUAAUAAAGUAUUUAUUGUG